ACCACAAGUUCUUCCAUAAAAAGAAAAAAUUAUGGGAAAAGAUGAAGGGGAAGUAUCCGAUUUGAUUCUUCCCGUUCGUACGUGUAGACCACAAGCAACCAACAACACGUAGAAACCAUCUUAUCCGAUUCAUUGCCAUGACAAGAAGCAUAUGCUCUCUGCUCUCCGCAUCUCCGUUCAACCAUGGCAUAAGAGGAAACACGAUAGGAAGUCGUGGGAGUUGAUUCCGCCCCUUCUCCCUUUGUUUCUCCGUCUCCUGAGUAAGAGAAAAAUCCCACUGAAGAUGGCGUUAUCGGCAGGUGGAUCAACAGCUCUCUAUUUCCAGCUCCAUACAAGGGAGUUCCUGUCUUCAAGGGUACCCCAACCCAUUUUCACUCCCACUCUUUGCAGAAGACCCCAUCUCCCCUCCUCAAAGCCCAUUUCCCUUGGAAGGCAAGUCAUCUGCAUGUCCCUUAACAUCAGCAAAGAAGACAAACCCGUCUCAGAAAACACCUCAUCUUUGCCGGAAUCCACUGACGGCGUCGGAGAACCAGGCGAGACUCCAGAGACGGACGAGGAGGAGGCAAUCAAAGAGGCCGCCAAGCGUAGAUUAGAGGAGAAAUUCGCUGUACUGAACACCGGGAUACACGAAUGCAGGUCCUGCGGGUACAAAUACAAUGAGAAAAUCGGGGAUCCUUCCUACCCAAUUCCGCCGGGGCUCGAAUUCGCGAAGCUGCCGGACGAUUGGAGAUGCCCCACCUGCGGGGCGGCUAAGUCCUUCUUCGACAACAAGAGCGUGGAGAUCGCGGGGUUCGCUGAGAACCAGCAGUUCGGGCUUGGCGGGAAUUCCCUGACGUCCGGGCAGAAGGCCGUGUUAAUCUAUGGGUCCUUGAUCUUCUUCUUUGUACUCUUCCUCUCCGGGUACUUCAUUCAAUGAAGAGGUUCACAGAAGACAUAUAGGUAUGGACAUUUGGCAGAUGGUGCAGGACGUGUCCAUUAUAUCUUUGUGGGUCUUAAGAUUUCCAGUAGGAUUAGAUCAUAUUUUGGAUAUUAUUAAGCACAAAUAAAGA